CAGCCGGCCCGCAGGGCGCGGGCGGGGGAGCGGCGCCCGGCAGCGGGAGGCGGCGCAGCGCGGCGCUGGGGCGUUCGGCUGCUCGGAGGCUUGAAGCCCAUUUCCCGCCCGGCGGACGGCGGAGUGCGGGGGUGGCGGGGAUGGAGCGGCAGAGCCCCGCUGCAGGGCGCUGCGCCGCGGGAGCCCAGGCUGGUGCGGAGCCCGGCGAGCUCCUCCAGCGAGCCCUGGAGUUCAAGAGCCAAGGGGCGCAGUGCUACAAGGACAAAAAAUUCCGCGAGGCCAUCGGCAAGUACCACCGGGCGCUGCUGGAGCUGAAGGGGCUGCCGCCGCCGGCCCCGCCGGAGCCCAGCUCCUCCGCCAGCUGCGCCGCCAGCCCGGGGGUCCAGCUCACCGCGGAGCAGAGCCAGAGCGCGGAGAGCAUCGAGAUCGAUUGUUACAACAGCCUGGCAGCAUGUCUGCUCCAGGCUGAGCUGGUGAAUUAUGAGCGAGUCAAGGAGUAUUGCCUCAAAGUGCUUAAGAAGGAAGGAGAGAACUUCAAGGCACUCUAUCGAUCGGGCGUAGCAUUCUACCACCUUGGUGACUUCAACAAGGCACUGCACUAUUUGAAAGAAGCAAAGUCCCGACAGCCGACAGAUACCAAUGUCAUACGGUAUAUCCAGCUGACGGAAAUGAAGCUUAGUAGAUGUUCCCAGAGGGAGAAAGAAGCCUUGUAAAAAGGAACCUGCUCCAGUGACAAGGGGGACAUUUCCUUCCCAGUUGCUCAAUGGGUGGAUUUGUCCAUUUGCUUCACUCUGUCCCCAUCUCUCCAUCCUCCCUCGAACGCUCUUAAUUUAAUCCCAAUUUUAGAAGAGACUCGGACUCUGGGUUUGGCUGCUUGGCAGCACAGUGGUCAUAACCCAGUCCCCUCAGUGGGAGAGCACAGUGACUGCAGCCUGCCUGAUUCCGGGACAGUGGCAGAAGGUUGGAGGACGUGAUGAGAGGCACAUCUUUAACUGUGGGCUGAGUGCUCACUGCAAUUCUGCACUGAAGAAAGCAUCUCUGAGGCUAUGAUUUACCAACCAACAAACUGGAGACAAGCAUUUCCUACUGGUAGCUAUCACUGGAAUUCUACAGAGCCAGAAAACUAAGAGAGCUGUUGGCCACUUCAGGAGGGGAAGCAGAUUCCCCUUUCACCAGUUCCCUUGUGCCUUCCUCUCUGGCUCUGUAUUUUAAGGCCCUGUAGGAGUUCACAUAUUCCAGAACCACUGCCAAUUAAACCCAGUCUAAACAUCUUUUUAAUAAAAGCACAGAGCCCCCUGUGAUACUCCUAAACAGCAGUCCCAAUGCUGGGUGGGAGUGGGUUCUGGGAGUGCUGUGGAACUCUGAAGGGUCUGAGGUGCACUGCACAGUAUGGGGAUUAAACUGGAAUAAUUAUCUGCCAAUAAAAAUUGUGAAUGAUCAACAAUUCCACACAUUACUUUUAGAAGGGAUUCCUGAGUUCCUAAUCUCCAGAGAGGCAGCAUGGUCUAGAGAAAUAAGCAUGAGGCUGGGAGCCAGGAACCUCCAGAGUCUUAUCUUAGCUCUGCUACUGUGUUGCUGUGUGGCCUUGGGCAAGUCACUUUUCCUCUCUGUGCCUCGGUUUCCCCAUCUGUACACUGGGGACAAUAGCACUUCCCUACCUCGCAGUGGUGUUGUGAGGAUUUAUUAGUUAAUGUUGUAAGUAACAUUACAGUAAUGUACAGUGCUAAGUAUUAUUAGUACACUGGAUUGAGGUUGCAAUCUGUCUGGCUGGUGUUGGUGCUUCCUGUGUUCUUUCUUUUUAGGAAAAUUAAUGCUGGUGAAAGGUGCAGGAUUGACCACCCUGGAGUCUGAAGACCUGUUUCUUCACAGAACAGGUACCAUCAGUCCAAACUUCCCCAAAUUCCCCCUCAGAUCAUGUCUGGGGGGUCAGCAGGAAGUUCAGUCUCCAUGGCCCAUCAGCUCUUGGUCUUUUUGCUGAAACUGCCAACGAGGGGGUCCUUUAGUGAUGCAAACACACAUCCACUAGGGAACAACCCUUCUCCCCUCCCUACAAGUGAUUCCAGAUGGUGCACUGAGCACCCCUCAUACAGUCAUGGCUUUCACUCAGCCAGCUGCAUAUGAACUGGCUGUUGUCCUUCAGCUGUCAGUAUGGAAGUGAGCAGCGUACAGCACAACUGAUGUGUUUGAUGAGGAAAGUGGGCUUCAGUUUCCCAAACCCAGUCAAGGGAUACAUUGCAUUUUCUGGGCAAAGGGCUCGGAGGGUCAGAUAAAUAUCUAGACCAGCUGAAAUGUAUCCCUCAGAAAAAUGCCCAACGGAACAGCAUGAUGGUGCCACCUUAAAGUCAGCAACCAGGAUGACUGCCCUACUUGCCCACCCCUAGGACCGACCCUGCCUCCACUCACCAUGGCCGGGAUGUAAGGCAGUAAAGAGGCUGGAGCCACUGCCACCAACAUCAUAAGUCCAGGGUGAGGGUAGACUAAGCAGAGAAGUUCUUUAGAUGACCCUGCACUGAACCUCAGCGAAUAUAAGGUAAUAUAAAGAGAGAGCUAGAAGGCUGUCUGGCUAAUGUGCUGGAAGGGCGUACAGUGCUUUAGAAGACAAGGUCCCUGCCCCAGGAGCUUAUACUAAAUCCUCCACAGGUCUGGAGCUUCUGGGGGGCAAAGGGGACAACAGCACCCCCCCAAACAAUCUUCAGGAGGCCCCAAAUUAUUGUCAGAAAGAUCAAAAUAUGUACCAUAUCUACAGUCCUCAUCCUUUAUAUAAACUAUGUUAGCAAAAUACUGACCCAGUAGCCACAUUUUACUUUUUUUAAAUUCUUAAAAUCCAGGCUUUCCCAAGGGUCUAACUAACUCCUGGAAGGUUGUCUGUUUUUUAAAUAGGGUUGCCAAAAUACCCACUUGUCACCCCAAUAAUGGGACCUGACCACCAGCUCUGACCCUCAGUGAAUCCUAUAUGAUACACCAGUUCACUAUGCAAAUGCAAUAUGGCUGGGACACAGAUGGCAAUCAGUUAUUUAUCCACUUAUUUCACACACUGCCCCGGCUCGACUACAGCUCACUCCCCAGAGCUUCAGAGGGCACAGCAAUCAGGAACAAUCCUGCAGUGUGUGCAAGAGUGGAUGAAUGUCCCCUCACUGUCACCUGAUAGGGGCUGCAGGAAAGCACAGAAAGGGUGUCUGUGUGGAGUGGGGCGGUGGACUUGCCAGUUUUAAUGAAUAAGACACCUAUUUUUGGUCCCUUGUGACGCACUCAAGCCCUGAACUUGAACUACUGGGGUGGGGUGCGUGCAUUCACUCCUCCACACACUCACAGCCCCAACUCUUUUGCGGUGGGCCUAUUUGCAGGCAGUAUAUGAAUACUGUAACUCAGUCACGUUAGCUGGUGAGAGGCAAGGGCCAGGCAGAGGGAGGGGAAGCCAGACCGUGGGCCAAGCUAUUUGGGGGAAGGAGUAGGACCAGAGAAUGAGGUCCAAGCUGGUGAUGGGGAACAAAUGAAGAAGCAAGUCUGUGGACUUGGACAGAACAAGAGCUAAGCCGGAAGGAGACCAGACCAAGGGUCUAGCCAGAUUAUUUACAGCUAAAUAAGACCCAGUUUAAUUGGCAGGAUACACAGCAGGGGAAAAGAACAAUGAGAUUAGAGGGGACUUUCCAGCUGUGGGGGCAGGAGAGACUUCCUCCCUUUGUCACAGAAACAUUUUUAAAUAUGUGAUAGAAAAUAUGAACACAAACAGGCUGCAAAAUUUUUCUGAACACAGGAGGACCAUUACAAUGAAGGAGGGGGGGCCAGGAAUGGAACAAUCCUUCACUUAAAUUAAAAAUAAGAGGUUGCUGCUUUUCAGAAGAGACAUAAGGUUGAGGUCCUGGCCACUCAUGCUCAUAGAAGAUCUUGAUGACUCUUUUCAUUGUCUGAGGGCAUUAACACCUGAGUCUUGACCAAAUUCCAAGCAGAGCACUUAUAAGCUAACACCACAGAAUUUCCCCAUCUGUCCAGUUGUAAAUAAUGUGCUUCACAUCUGCUCCUAAACUGUAGCAUAGUGUCACUGUACACUAUUAGACAGCUGAGACAUUCCACCCCAGAGGUGGGUGCAUUUUGGUGGUGGGUAAAGUGACAUACCAAGAGGCUAUGUAUUGUUCCACAUUUAAGAUUUCAGUUCAGUCUGUUGGUUGUUCCCUUUUCUUUGGGCUCAACGCAAUCUUUCAUGGGAGUUGCUGACCACAUGGCCCUUCUGCCUCUUCCCUCACUUGUCCCUACGCACACACACACACACAGAGAAAUGUGCACAUGCUUACUGAAUUCCUGUGUAACUUCAUACCUAGUGCUGUGAUUUGAAGGAUUGAGUAGGGCUAUUUCCAUUAACAGGAGGUGUUGUGGGAGGGCAGAGAGUGGUCCCAUGUGGGAAGCCUGGGGGGGUGCUUCCUGUCAUCAAGAGCCCGUUCAUUGCUCCACAGUUAAUUAGCAAAGCUAUUAAUAUCACUACAGGUUUAAUAUUACGCUAUGAGGCUCAUGUUUGUAUCACUGCAACUAACGUUAGAUCCUAGAGAAAUGCCUGUUUGGAGUCGCGUAGAGUUCCUAGGUUUCUAAAUGCUAUGAGUUAUGUUAGUUCUGGCACAUUAGAUUCUGCAGGCUUGUCCUUACCUGGGUGAUGGUGGUGAAAAGAGAGGGCAUCUUCCUGUCUGCAUGAAUCCCUGCAAAUCUACAACUUAAGCCAGGUGAAUUCAUAGCAGCUUGAUGAGAAUAUAGUACCCAGUCAUCAAGCACGGUGGGGCCACUCAGGACCCUGCAGAGGAAGUGGGGAAAGACCUCAGAACCAAAACACUUCCAGAACCAGAGGCUCUUGCCACUUGAGCUAAAAGAGACUAUUCUUCAGUUGUUGCAGUAAUGGGCCCACCCAGCUGAGUAUUUCAGAUUCAAUCCAGCUGAAGGCAGUGGUACAUACAAACAUCAGUUCAUUACAGUGAUGGUUGUGGGGAGAGGAUUCCUUUGGUGUGGAAGCAAGAUAUAACUGUGUACCAACAAGGAAAUUAACUGGCUGGCCUAGUUUGUCUCAUCCUCUUGGUUGCCUGCAUUCCCUGGCUUAGGGGGAAUUGUUGCCCUGCGUUGCACGGAUGUGCUGGGAGGCAAAAGGAUAUGGCAGCCCCCCCUCCCUCACAGUGCCUUGCACAACUGUAUGGGAGCAGAGACUGAUACAUUGAACACUCCCAAGCACUGACUGCUAGACUGGGGACCCAGCUAAUAGGCUUGCUGGUCUUCUACAAACCGGAGCAAGGAGGCAGGGCCUCCAGAUUCCCUACGUCCAUACUACAAUGAGUAGCAGGCACUGGGGCUGGUUGUUUGAUGGAGCAGUGCUCACUGCAGCGUGCCUUGCCUCAGGACCUCUCUACCAUCCUAGCUGGAUGUCUACUAGAGCUAAAGCCAGGCUACUACAGCUCUGCUACCCUUGUCCCCUGAGCACGCCUUUGGUGAGUUGGGGCAGGAUCUAGCAAAGGGCUCUAAAGAAGAGAGCUCCUGUCCACGCUCAGAGGCCAGCGCAAAGCUGCAUGUUUUUCAUGCAGCAAAGUGGCUCUGCUGAAUGCAGGUUAGAAGGGAACAAAGAAAGUAGCAGGCAGCUGCCUGCUCUACGUGCUGUAGCCUAUUCAGUGUUCUGAUCACUGUGCUGGGGAGUGAGGAUGCAUUACAGGAAGGGAAGACUUCAUAGGAACGAUCCCCAGCCUUCCUUGUUCCCUGGGCGUCAGCCAAGCUUUACAGAUGGUGGCAACUCUGCAAUAACCAACUUUCACAGCCUGCUGCUUCCCCACUGCCCCUACUGAUUCUCACUAGUUUCCUGAGUCUGCCUGGGAAGGGCUGAAUCUCUGCCAGCUACCCAGCCCUUCUGACAGCAACCACUAUAGGUGGGGACAUGAAGCAUACCAUUGGAGCUGCACAGGGUAUUUUGGGAGGCAGAAUGGGAUACUUGAAUUGGAACUUGUCCAGGACAUUGGGCUUAGCAACCAUCCUCAUGUGAAAAGUACCAAUGGAUCUUCAAUGAUCACAAGCGGCCAGGACCUUGAUUUUAUAUUUCAUCUGAAACACCAUGCCCCCGGCGGCUCAGUGCCCCCCUAGCACCCUGCUCAUGCACUGGUGCAGGACGGACAAAGAGGGAAUCACCAGUGUCACUCCCUGUAUUCUCCUUGGGAGCUGAGUGUAACCCAAAUAUAUGUUGCCUUGUGUCUUGUCAGCUCCACAGUUCACAAUCAUGCCUCAUGACAAGUUGGCCGUUACUCAUGUUAGACCCAAAUUUACCUCAGGCCAUGCAGAUUGGUAUUUAUUACUGUGAAAUCUCAACAUCAGAAAUGCAAAAUCUGGACACGGAGAUUAUAGAAAACUUCCUACACAUCUGAAGGAUUCUGUCAAGAUAAAACUCCUAUAGUUAAUAAACCUGAUCUAGGUUAUGAAAGCAUAAACUGGAAUUAAAAUGGAAACCACUUUAA